AUGGAUAAUUCCAUCUUUCAACAUCUCUUCAUUAUCCUCCUCCUAUUCUUUAUUGCACCAACUUUUGCUCAACAAUCUUUCAGGCCCAAAGCCCUCGUUGUCCCAGUUACAAAAGAUGCCACCACGCUUCAAUACGUCACUCAAAUUAACCAAAGAACCCCACUUGUCCCAGUGAAACUCGUCGUAGAUCUCGGUGGCCGGUUUCUCUGGGUCGAUUGUGAACACAACUACACCUCCUCCACAUACCGCCCCGCAAGGUGCCGCUCCGCCCAGUGCUCACUCGCCGGAGCUAACGGCUGCGGCGAUUGCUUCUCAGCACCCAGGCCGGGCUGCAACAACAACACCUGCGGUCUCACGCCGGACAACACCGUCACACACACCGCCACCGGCGGCGAACUCGCAGAAGACGUCGUGUCCGUCCAAUCCACCAACGGCUUCAACCCGGGACGAAACGUCACCGUUUCACGCUUCCUAUUUUCGUGCGCACCAACUUCGUUAUUAAAAGGGCUUGCUAAUGGAGUCUCAGGCAUGGCUGGCCUCGGCAGAACGAGAAUCGCUUUUCCAUCUCAGUUUGCUUCUGCUUUUAGCUUCCAAAGAAAAUUCGCUAUUUGUCUCUCAUCUUCCACCACUUCAAACGGCGUCGUUUUCUUCGGAGACAGCCCUUACUUUUUCCUUCCUAACGUUAACGCUUCCCAGUUACUCACCUUCACACCACUCUUCAUCAACCCAGUAAGCACAUCCUCUGCUUUCAAUCAGGGAGAGCCUUCAGCUGAGUAUUUCAUUGGUGUGAAAUCCAUCAUGAUCGAUGAAAAGACGGUUCCAAUUAACACGAGUUUGUUAUCCAUAGACAGUAACGGCGUUGGUGGAACCAAGAUUAGUACAGUGAACCCUUACACGGUUUUGGAGGCCUCAAUCUUCAAAGCAGUGACGGAGGCUUUUAUCAAUGCCUCUGCUUCUAGAAACAUCACAAGGGUGGGUCCCGUGGCGCCUUUCGAAGUGUGCUUCAGCAGUGAGAGUGUCGGAGUAACUCGGCUUGGCGCGGCGGUGCCAGCCAUUGAGCUUGUUCUGCAGAACAAGAACGUAAUUUGGAGGAUUUUUGGAGCGAACUCGAUGGUGGAGGUGAACGAUAAAACGCUGUGUCUUGGGUUUGUGAAAGGUGGUGAGAAACCAAGAACCUCAAUAGUGAUUGGUGGGUAUCAGCUGGAGGACAAUCUUGUGCAAUUCGAUUUGGCGAAAUCUAGAUUGGGGUUCAGCUCUUUGCUCUUUGGAAGCCGAACUACGUGUGGAAACUUCAACUUCACCUCCACCGCAUAG